AUGAACUCUGUGGGGAAGCCCACCGGCUCAUUUCCCCACUGGGAGGACCUCACAAACAGCACCUUUCUCAGGAGGAAGACGGGGCCCUCCAGAUACCCCACCCCAGAGAGUCCGGAGCAGGUGCCAGAAGAGUCCCUGGACGCCCUGACUGCCAAGCUGGCCUUGCCCCCAAAGGGGGCCUUCUCAGGGCCCACCGCACGACCAAUCCCUCCUGCCAGGAAGAAGCAGGAGAAUCAGCAGCUGAAGUCGGCCACCAGCCUCGGGCCCUUUGUGGAGAGCUGGCAGCCCCUGGAGGAUUUGGGGGAACGUCUCCCCGGGUCUCUGGAAGAGAACCCCAUCGUGCCUGGGGGGGACAGCAGGGAAAGCAGCCACGGCGUGACCAGCCAUUCCUUGCUCCAGAUCUCUCCUUUCACAGUUCCGUUGGUGACCCAGGGUCCUGGUGCUUCUCCUCAAGGGGUGACCGAGACCCUUGAAAAGGAAGCCGGGAUCCUGCCCAGCAGCCCCUCCCAGAGUGCCAAGGGGGGAUCUUCCUCCAGGGAAGAGGGCCGAGAAACGACUUCUGCUAUCGUGAACCCCCCGGAGCAGCUUCCGAGUCUCUGCAGCAUGAAUUUCUCUGAACCGGAGGGUUACAUUGACUCAGCUGAGGCUUCGCUGGUGCCCCAGAACGGCUUCCUGGAGUGCACCUUCCGGGUGACGGUCUACACCGGAUACGGCGUGGAGCUGCAGGUGAAGAGCGUGAACCUGUCCGAGGGGGAAGUGCUGGCCAUUCGCGGUGAGGAAGACGGCCACUUGGUCACACUGGCCAACCAGACCCUCCUGGUAGAAGGCCAGGUCAUCCGCAGCCCCACAAACACCAUCUUGGUCCUCUUCCGAGCCUUCCCAGAUGACCUUGGGACUUUCCAGCUCCAUUAUCAAGUAUUUAUGCUGAGCUGCAGCUUCCCACGGAGGCCCAAUUUUGGGGAGGUGGCCGUCAUGGGCCUGCACUCGGGGGGCCUGGCUCACUUUCACUGCCACCUGGGCUAUGAGCUGGAGGGGCCCCAGAGCCUGACCUGCCUCAAUGCUUCCAAGCCGCACUGGAGCGCCCCGGAGCCUAACUGCUCAGCCCCCUGCGGAGGCACCGUGCGCAACGCCACCAUUGGCCGCAUCUUGGCCCCAACCUUGCCGCGGAGCCCCCCGGGCAGCAGCGUGGCUUGUGUGUGGACGGUCAGUGCCCCUCAGGGCCAGAAGCUCCACCUGAACUUUGAGAGGCUGGUGCUGGGGGACAAGCAAAGAAUGGUGGUCUAUGGUGGAGAGUCGAACCGCUCAGCCGUCCUCUACACCUCCCAGCAGGGCAGCAAUGUGCCCUUCGAAGGAGUGAUCAGUGAAGGGAGCUCCUUGCGUGUCGACUUCACCUCGGAGGACCCCAACGCAGAGCCCACCUUCAGCGUUCGAUUCGAAGCUUUUGAGAAGGGCCACUGCUAUGAGCCCCACCUGCAGAAUGGCAACUUCACCACCUCCGACGCUACCUACAACCUCGGGACCAUCGUGGAGUUCACCUGCGACCCCGGCCACACCCUGGAGCAAGGCCCAGCGGUCAUUCAGUGCAUCAACCUCAGGGACCCCUACUGGAACGACACGGAGCCCCUGUGCCGAGCCACCUGCGGAGGAGAGCUCUCCAUGGGGGCUGGGGUCAUCCUGUCCCCCAACUGGCCAGAGCCCUAUGCCGAGGGCGAGGACUGCAUCUGGAAGGUCCACGUGGGAGAGGAGAAGCGAAUCUUCCUGGACAUCCAACUCUUGAACCUGAGCCAGAGCGACAUCCUCACGGUCUACGACGGGGACGAUCUCAGCGCCCACAUCCUGGGCCAGUUCCUGGGCAGCAGUGGGCCCCAGAAGCUCUACUCCUCCACGCCCGACUUGACCAUCCAGUUCCACUCGGACCCGGCUGGCCUCAUCUUUGGGAAGGGGCAGGGUUUUACCAUGAGCUACAUCGAAGCCUCACGGAACGAGUCCUGCUCCGACCUGCCGGAAAUCCAGAAUGGCUGGAAGACCACGUCCCACACCGAGCUGGUUCGGGAGGCCAAAAUUACCUACCAGUGUGACCCGGGCUACGAUAUUGUUGGCAGCGACACCCUCACCUGCCAGUGGGACCUCACCUGGAGCAGCGACCCCCCUUUCUGCGAGAAAAUCAUGUACUGCACGGACCCUGGAGAGGUGGAACACUCGACCCGCUUGAUUUCGGACCCGGUGCUCCUGGUCGGCACCACCAUCCAGUACACCUGCAACCUGGGCUUUGUGCUCGAGGGCAGCUCCCUUCUCACCUGCUACAGUCGGGAAACGGGGACCCCCAUCUGGACCUCCAGGCUGCCUCGCUGCGUGCCGGAGGAAUCCCUGGCCUGUGACAACCCAGGUCUGCCCGAAAACGGGUACCAGAUCCUGUACAAGCGCCUGUACUUGCCGGGCGAGUCACUGACCUUCAUGUGCUACGAAGGCUUCGAGCUGCUCGGGGAGCUGACUCUCAAGUGCAUUCUGGGGCAGCCCUCCCGGUGGAGUGGGCCACUCCCCACCUGCAAAGUCAAUCAAGACAGCUUUGAACAUGCCUUGGAAGUAGCAGAAGCUGCGGCAGAAACGUCCUUGGAGGGAGGCAACAUGGCGCUGGCCAUCUUCAUCCCCGUUCUUGUCAUUUCCUUGCUGCUGGGGGGCGCCUAUGUCUACGUCACAAGAUGCCGCUACUAUUCCAGCCUGCGGCUGCCCCUCAUGUAUUCGCAUCCAUACAGCCAAAUCACGGUGGAGACGGAGUUUGAUAAUCCAGUUUACGAGACGGGGGAAACCCGGGAAUACGAGGUGUCCAUCUGA